AUCUCUCUCACAAAGGCUUCACCUUUGCAUCACUUUGUGGUUUAAAGACUCAACCUUUCUGGGUUUUUUGUUGUUGUUGUUAAGCUGCUUGCUUUUUGAAGAUGGAGAAGCUUAAUUUUUUGAAGAAUGGUGUGCUGAGAUUGCCUCCUGGAUUCCGUUUCCAUCCCACAGAUGAAGAGCUAGUGGUUCAAUACUUGAGAAGAAAGGUGCUGGCUUGGCCCUUGCCUGCCACUAUCAUCCCCGAGGUCGAUGUUUGUAAAGCCGACCCUUGGGAUUUACCAGGUGAUUUGGAGCAGGAGAGGUACUUUUUUAGCACAAGGGAAGCCAAGUAUCCCAACACCAACAGAUCCAACAGAGCCACGGUUUCAGGCUACUGGAAAGCAACCGGACUCGACAAACAAAUCGUAACAUCCAGGGGAAAUCAAGCUGUUGGUAUGAAGAAAACCCUGGUUUUUUACAGAGGGAAAGCCCCGAAUGGAUGUAGAACAGAUUGGAUCAUGCAUGAGUAUCGUGUUGUCCCGCAGCACAAUAACCCUAUGCAGACCAAUGCCGUGCCCGUGGAAAAUUGGGUGUUGUGUCGGAUUUUCUUGAAGAAAAGAUCUGCUAAAAACGAUGAAGUCGGUAAACCAAGGACAACAAACAGUCCUGUUUUCUAUGAUUUCCUCACAAAAGGCGACCGGACACACUUGAAUCUCGUCCCUUCUUCUUCCUCUUCUGUGUCCAGUGGGAUCACCCAAGUAUCAAGCAUUGAAUCAGAUGAACAUGAAGAAACCAGUUGUUGCAAUAGUGUCCCUUGUCUCAGAACAAAACCUUAAACCAGUUUAUGUCUUUGCUCGGCAUUAACUAUCAAAAGAA